AUCAUGUUACAGUACAAGAAAUGGCAAACAGAAGAUGUAAUUAACUCGUACUUUGACGAUCAACAGAAAUUCUACGAGAGCUGUGGAUUACCAUUCGGAAAGCCUAGUAAAAAUACUUUUGCAAUAAAACAGAAUUACUACUGUGUAAUUUGCUGUGAGACCCGUGUCUCCACCCCGGUAUAUUCGUUGACAUGUGGCCAUGAGUUUUGUAUCAAUUGCUACUACCACUACAUCAAUAAUGAGAUCAGCAACAGUAAACUCAUAACCUGUAUAAUUCCGGAGUGUCCCUAUACAAUUCCACAUAGAGACAUCGACGAGAUAAUUCUCGUUGUAGAGCUGGCAAAUUCGGUCAAGGUGCGCAAGGCUCUCAGCUCGAACCCGCUCUUGAUUGCCACAGCCAAGGUCUACAUCGAUUCACACGAAAACUUCAAGUGGUGCCCGGCCACUGAUUGUACACAUUUCACAGAAAUCGAUAAAAAGCCCAUCGACAUCUCCAUAGUACCCAUUGUAGGAUGUGCGGACCAUCACGAGUUUUGCUUUGAGUGUAAUUACGAGAAUCAUUUGCCGUGUCCCUGUUGGAUUGUACGCUUGUGGAUCAAGAAGUGCGAAGACGACUCGGAGACCGCCAACUGGAUAGACGCAAAUACCAAUGCCUGUCCCAAAUGUCAGGCCUCCAUCGAAAAAAACGGAGGGUGUAACCAUAUGACAUGUCGAAAAUGUCAAUUCAACUUCUGCUGGAUCUGUUUGGGAGACUGGAAGGACCACAACAAUAGCUACUACUCGUGUAACAAAUUCAAGCCAGACAGCGAAGAUUCAGAGGUGGCUAAUCGUAAAAUCAAGAGUAAAGUCUCGUUGCAAAGAUAUCUUCAUUUCUAUAAGAGAUUCUCAAUUCACGAAAGCUCAAUGCAAGGAGACCAAUCUACACUCUCUAAGUUGCAUGACCUAACCAUAAAAGAACAUGAGACGAACUUGUCUUGGACAGACAUCCAGUUCUUGCCAGAUGCCUUCAUAGCCCUUGCGAAUGGACGUAAGACGUUGAAGUGGACAUAUUGCUUUGCUUAUUAUUUGGCAGAUUCCAAUUUCUCUGAGAUCUUUGAAAGUAACCAGGACUAUUUGAACAAGACUGUAGAGGACUUAUCAGGAAUCUUUCAGAACAUGUUGGACAAACACAACAAGAACAAGGUGGCUCAAAUCAUCAACUUGAGCGAGUUGAUCACUUCCAGGAGAAAAAUGUUGAUCAGCGGAGCAGAAAUGAACUUGAAAGAGCACUUGCUUCGGUUUGAAGCGUGA